CCUGCCCAGUUUCUCCUAAUUUCCUAUCCUUGGUACAAAGAAGAAAUAUGAUUUUCUCUUCCAGAAUAUGUUUGCCUCUAGCAGCCAGGAAGACAUAGAACAUCUCUACUUAUUUACCAAAUUCUCCCCAGUGCUGUCUCAGUGUGGACAGAAAAGACCAGCCACCAGUAAGGAAAGGGUGAACUAGAUGACGGACCAUGGUAUCAGUGGGGCUACAAAUAACUGCAUUUCUCAUAGCAUUGAUGGCAGUGUGUGGGGCCAUUUCCGCAACUUUACUACCCAACUGGAAGGUCAAUAAAGAGACUGGGGGAAACAUUGUGACUGCUGUCAUUCAAAUGCAAGGUCUGUGGAUGGACUGCACAUGGUAUAGUACUGGUAUGUUUAGUUGUACUGUGAAAUAUUCCAUUCUUUCACUCCCUUUGUAUAUUCAGAUGGCAAGGACCACAAUGGUACUGUCCUGUAUAUUGUCAUUUUUCGGGAUAUGUGUCUCCAUAGCAGGAAUGAAAUGUACAAAGCUAGGAGGUGACCGACAAGAUAAAAGCAAUAUAGCUUUUGCUGCAGGAACAUGCUUUUUGCUAGCUGGUGUUUUUGCCAUGGUUUCAGUGAGCUGGUACAUGAAAGAGAUUAUUUCCAGUUUCUUGGAUCCCUCCAUCCCAGAAGGUAGCAAACACGAGCCGGGUGGAGCAGUGUAUAUAGGCUUUCUCUCUGCAGGGAUGCAUUUUCUAGCAGGUGCGGUAUUCUGUGCAUCCUGCACUAAGAAGCCGCAGGAAGAACGGGUGUCUCCUCCGACAAAAAGAGCAGAGGCAGCGGCUCAGCCAUCAGAAAACAGCGGUGCGGGUUACAACCUCCAGGACUACGUGUAA